AUGGAUCCAGUGGAUAAGACAUUUGACACGGUUUAUUACCUGGGAAAGAAAGCCCAGAAUACCUUUAGCUCAGCUAUUGGCACAGUCAGUGACACUACACACACGAUUUCAGACAAGGUCAUCUCAACUUACAACAAUAAUUUCAACUAUGGGAGCAACAAUACAACACAGUUAACAGAUUCAGCCAAUAUUCCUUCCAGUGGAUUCUGGGAUUUAAAUGGGGUGAGAGGGUUUUAUCACAGAAACAAAGCGUUUUCAACUAUAAUUGGUGUAACCACGUUAGGUAUAACUGGAUAUUAUCUUCAAAUGGUUGUGAGAUCCCAAGUCACCAAUACCUCAAAAUCAGUUACAAGAAGAGCUGAUCGUUUGCCAAAUGGUGCCAGAAAAGAUGUCGUGCUGAUUGUUGGCUCUGUGACUGAACCCUUGACAAGAUAUAUUGCCAAUGAUUUAGAGAAUCGUGGAUUUAUAGUGUACAUCACUUCCACUAAUUCGAAAUCUGAUUUGAAAUUUUUCAAUAAUGAAUCAAUCCAAGAUAUUAAAUCACUUAUAGUGUCUAAUGAAGUCGAUAAUGAUGAGUUUAAUACUGAACAAUUGAGAAAAUUUGAUUAUUUAUUGUCAUCAAACCAUAUUCCAUUCCAAGGUGCUGAACCGAAUAAAUUGAAUUUAACUGGAAUCAUCUUCAUCCCUGAUUUAUAUUUCCCAUCUGGGAAAUUCCAUAUGAUUCCUAAUUCAACUUGGUCUCAUAACGUUCAAAACAAGAUGUUGUUGCCAUUAAAUUUAUUGACUAAUGGAUUAAUUGGAAUUGCAGAGAAAUUUGAUUCAAAUUUAAUCUUCAUAACACCAACGUUAUCAUCUUCUGUGCAAUUAACUUAUCAUUCAGUGGAGAACUUAACUUCAAUUUUUUUACAAACUUUAUCACAAAAUUUGGCACAGGAUUAUGAAGGUUUAAAUAUAACAAAUAUAAAAUUGGGUUCAAUAAGUAUAAAUUCAAAUAAUAGCAGCAAGAAGAACUUUGGUAUCAAAGGAAUACCACUAAAGCCUUUGCAUUACAAGAUUUUUGACUUGCUAUAUAAUGACGAUAAUAAUUCUGUGGAAUAUGUUGGUACUUGGGCUAGAUUUUUAGAUAAAUAUGGUUUCCUAAUUCCUCGUUGGUUAAUUCGAAAUUAUUUUGAUAAUUACUUUGGGAACUGA